AUGGCUGCCGCUACUGCUACUAAAAAGAGGACCCAAAGAAAGAAGAAGGACCCAAACGCUCCAAAGAGAGCGAUGUCUGCGUAUAUGUUUUUUGCCAAUGAAAACAGAGACAUAGUUCGCGCAGAGAACCCUGGUAUUUCGUUUGGUCAGGUGGGUAGAGUGCUUGGUGAGAAGUGGAAGGCGUUGUCUGAUGACGAAAAGCAGCCCUAUGAGGCGAAGGCGGAGGCGGACAAGAAGAGGUAUGAGUCGGAGAAGGAGUUGUACAAUGCUACCAAGGCUGCCUGA